ACAAGAAUUCCACUGCCAGACGAAACACCACCAGAUAUAUCAAACCUCAAACUCAGUAUAAACGUGGAAGUUAAACGACCAAACGGUGAUAAUGAGCUUCAGUUUUACUGUGACUUCAACCCGAGUAUCAACACAGAUUACUAUUACAAAGUAGCAUGGGCAAUCUCCCAGAGCUCAGUUUCAACCCACGAACUUCAUCGUUCAGGACCAGUCAAAUAUAUAAGCCAAGAUGAUUUCCGGCAGAAAACCAUGCUGACAGAAUCACACUUGAAGACGCCAAGAAAGUUCGGAUUAGGAGUUAAUAUUGUUUGUUCUAUUACGGCUACAACAGAACCCACGUCCUCGGAAAGCGUCCCUGUCAUUAGUCCUGAAAAGUUCUUAGGCAUUCGAGCAUUAAACAGUUCAAGUCACGUGCAUAUUACAAAUCAGAUGGUAGCUGACGUAUAUUACGAGCUUACAGUUCCAUUUGGGUGUCCGGAAGGGCAUGACGAUGAUUCACAUUGCUAUUUAGAUGCGACGCUGUUUAUUCCCCAAACCAGCACUACCUGUAACAAGCCAGAUAUCAUCCACAGCAACAGUGAGGUCAAUUCAUGCGGUCUACGCUUUUACCGAUCUGAUGUCGGAAAACCAAAGAAACUACAGGUCCAGCCAAAGUUCCCAACGUCAACCGUUCAAUUGAGUCAGCCGAUGACACUGGUCUUGACAACCGUUGAGAACGAAGCACAUUUAUUUUUCAGCGAUUAUUCCGUGGAUAAAAUGCAGGUCACUGUGUCAACGGAUCAAACUGUUCUUAAUAAUAAAUAUUGCUACGCAGUGUGUGACCCUCAUAUGUUCACAUUCGACGGACUUCCGUAUGAAAACCAGAACGCCGGGACGUUUGAUCUGUACAUACACCAGGAAUACAAUCAGAGAGUACAAAUUGAGACAAAGUCGUGUAGCAAUAAUGGACGGUCACCGUAUUGUGUAUGCGGUGUAGCCGUCCAAGCCGGAAGUGACGUAUUUGUUCUAAGCACGUGCAACAAUCGUUUACUUGACGUUAGGUUUGUACAAUGUGGUGACAGAAUUCUCCAGCAGAAGGUGAACGAGAUAUCAAAGACGCACUACCGCGUUACUUUACCCAGCGGAACCUAUGUCGAUAUACAUCUGGUGGGUGAUUUUAUGAACGUCUACGUCUACCCUUCGGUGGCUGAUUUUAAGAAAACAUCUGGCUUAUGCGGCUUGUUUGAUGGAACAACUAACAAUGAUCGUCUCAACAGGCCUGGUUCUAACGACUCUGAUCCAAACAUUAGCUGGAUGGUGAAAGAACCUGAAAGUCUGUUCAACGAAAAUGUCGGUUUGCUGCCAUGGGAGGAUCGCUAUCGUUUCUGCACAUGUAACGAACGAAACUCAAACAAACCCGUAAACAUCGCUACUUGCGAUGCAACUUUAAAGAAAACCUGCGAUGCCAAACCAAUGUUCACAGACAGAUGUGUGAAUAAACGCAGAAAAAGGAGAGACGCAAAUGGCAUAUAUCGACCGACGGACGAGGGUGACUUACAUAAAACUGUGCAACUUGCGUUUGUAUCUAACAACCAGGACUCGUUCAUGGGACGGAAGAAAAGGUCAAUAAAACAUUACACAGAGGAGACAGCAAGACAAGAUUGCAUGCAACUGAUGAAUACCACUGCGUUCCAGAGAUGUUCUAAAUGUGCCAGGAUUAGACUUCACAUCGACAAUAAACGACUGCGUCCUUGACGCUCAGAUAACAGGCACAAUGGAUUGGACAAUGACCCACUUGGAAACAAUCAAGUCGUUCUGCAUUCAACAAGUCAACAUUCAAAAGUUACCACCGAAACAAGACUUGGUCGGAAUAACUGUCACCAUUAACGGAAUCUCAUAUUCCAACCUAUC